UACAGACACUAUAAAUAAAGGGAAGGCACUACCGCAAUACCAUUAGCCAGGCUGAUCUUCAAGCAGCGGCUCUCCUUCUUUUCCCCGUUUUCUUGUCUCGCUAGAACCAGCAACUCAACUCAACUAUGGCCAGAAAAUUCUUCGUCGGCGGAAACUGGAAAUGCAAUGGGACCAUUGAGGAGGUGAAGAAGAUUGUCACCAUGCUAAAUGAAGCUGAGGUUCCAUCCAAGGAUGUUGUAGAGGUUGUUGUGAGCCCUCCAUUUGUAUUUCUUCCUCUGGUAAAAAGUUUGCAGCGACCUGAUUUCCAAGUAGCUGCCCAAAAUUGCUGGGUUCGCAAAGGUGGUGCUUUUACUGGAGAGAUUAGUGCUGAGAUGCUCGUGAAUUUGCGCAUUCCCUGGGUGAUUCUUGGCCAUUCUGAACGGAGAUCUCUUUUAAAUGAGUCAAAUGAGUUUGUUGGAGAUAAAGUUGCUUAUGCACUUUCUUUAGGCUUGAAUGUGAUUGCAUGUAUUGGUGAGACACUUCAGCAGAGAGAAUCAGGAUCUACAAUGGCUGUUGUGGCUGCACAAACAAAAGCAAUUGCAGAUAAAGCUUCAAAUUGGGCCAAUGUCGUGUUGGCUUAUGAGCCAGUUUGGGCCAUCGGUACAGGAAAGGUGGCGACACCUGAUCAGGCUCAAGAAGUCCAUCUUGAAUUGAGGAAAUGGCUGCAUGACAAUGUUGGUGCCGAAGUUGCUGCAACAACUAGAAUUAUCUACGGAGGUUCUGUAAAUGGAGCUAACUGCAAAGAGCUGGCAGCGCAACCAGAUAUUGACGGAUUUUUAGUCGGUGGAGCUUCACUCAAGCGGGAGUUCAUUGAUAUCAUCAAAUCUUUAACGGUGAAGAAGAGUCAACUGUGAAGAAGAUUGGUUGUCAGAACUGUCCUAGUUUUUUCUCCUUAAAUGCGCGUGGUGUAAUAAGCAGUUCUGUGCUCUGGCCGCUCUGGAAAAGAGAUAUCUGCCAUUGCUGUUCCAUGACAUAAUAAAUCAAAUCUGUUAUCAGAUCUUGGUCUGGACUCCUUAGGAUUUGCGCUGUUAUGUGGUUUUGAGAUUUGUUUUCCUUGGAUUUUUUGGUUUUGGUUUGGAGUUUUAUUUUGAUUUUAAAUGCAGUUCUUUCUGUUUCAUAUA